UUUUCUAUUACUCGCAUCGCCAUCUUGUUCUCACCCUUUUACGCGUGUAGAAGGCUUCUUACGAGAGGGAUCCGGUUCCGUUUUCCUGCUUUCUGUAGGUUGGACAGGGGAUCCCGUGAGACUACAAUAAAGACGACAUCUCAGUAAAUAUCUGCACUAGUUGCUAACAAGACCGAGGUAACGGUACUUUAGAGAGAUGAGCAUCGAGACACUUUUAGAAGCAGCCAAGUUUUUGGAAUGGCAAGCCCUGCAACAACAGAAAGCACGUGAGGAGGAUGACCUGAGGGAGAAACUCCGUCUCAAUCAUGAGGCGGAGCAGAAGCGAGCAGAAGUCGCCUCAUUGGUGCAGCCAGUAGAGGUCAACCAUUUGACCUGGUCUGGGAGGUUUUGCCCGGAACCCUGCCUCACUCCUGUUCCACCCCCUGCCGUCCCUCCUCCAGUCCCCAUCACAGUUAUACCAAUUCCAGUGCUGUCAGCCAGCCCCAAACUCCUGCCCACUCCCGCGGUCACUGCCCUGACCCCUCUCACUGACCCCCGCCCCAGCCCUCCUCCAGCCCCGCCCCCACAGCACCAGCACCUCCAGCUGGCUUCUCAGGUAAAGGGUGAGUCUACAGCUCUGCUUCAGGCCCCCAAUCCCAAGCAGCUGCUGUACCCCAGCCCGGCCCCCCCAGCCUCCCAGCAUGCACCUCUUCCACAGCCCAUGCCAGUACAGGCUCCGACCAGCCCCACCCUCCAGCCUGCUGUCACGGAUGACUCCCGCAACUUAGACGCAAAGAGGAGGCCAGGCGGGGCGGGGACAAGAGAGGUCCACAACAAGCUGGAGAAGAACAGGCGAGCGCACCUGAAGGAAUGCUUUGAGACCCUGAAGAAGACGGUCCCCACGGUGGACGAGAAGAAGACGUCCAACCUGAGCGUGCUACGCAGCGCGCUGCGCUAUAUCCAGACGCUGAAGAGGAAGGAGAAGGAGUACGAGCACGAGAUGGAGCGCCUGGCGCGGGAGAAGAUCUCCACACAGCAGCGUUUGGCCGAGCUGAAGAACGAGCUGGGCCAGUGGAUGAACGUCAUGGAGAUGGAGCGCGUGCUGAGGCUGACCGCGCAGCCCGAGGAUGACCAGGCGUCCACCUCCACCGCCUCCGAGGGGGAGGACAAUGUUGAUGACAAUGCAGAUGAAGACCACCUGCAGCCGCCAUCCAAAGUGCCUCACAUGGCCCAGGCCACGCCCACCGCCAUCCCCGCCCAGCACCAGCCCCCUCAGCCGCUGGUCCAGCUUCCCGCCGCUCCGCCCGCCCAGAGCCACGCCCACACGCACGUGGUGACGGCCGCCAGCAUGCCCAGCGUCAUCGCGCACGCGUCCGUCAUCCAGGCGGGCUCCAAGCACGUGGCGCACCUCGCGCCCUGCUCCGCCCCCCAGGCCAUAGUGCCCGCCCCCUGCUCUGCCCCCCAGGCCAUAGUGCCCGCCCCCCAGGCCACCGUGUCUGCCCCCUCCUCCGCCCCCCAGCCCAUCAGCCACAUCACUGUGCACCCGGUGGCUCACCUGUACCCACCGACCAUGAUGAGCCACCUCGCCCACACGCUAACCCACGCCCAGGUGAACACGCUAACCCACGCCCAGGUGAACACGCUAACCCACGCGCAGGUCAACACGCUAACCCACGCGCAGGUGAACGCGCUGUCUCACGCCCAGGUGAACACGCUAUCGCCCGCCCAGGUGAACACGCUAUCUCACGCACAGGUGAACACGCUAAGCCACGCACAGGUGAACACGCUAUCGCACGCGCAGGUGAACACGCUAUCUCAAGCGCAGGUGAACGCGCUAACGCACGCGCAGGUGAACUGCCAGCCGGCUGUAGUGACACAUCACUCGCAGCUGGUGGGCCAGACCGUCCUCAACCCCGUCACCAUGGUGACCAUGCCCUCCUUCCCUGUGAGCACGCUCAAGCUGGCCUGAGGACGGGGCGGGGCCCAAUGGAGACACGCCCCCUGGACUUCUGACCAACCAAAACUGUAAAGGGCAACUCAGUACAUUCCAAAAAAAUGCUUUAUUUUACAUUUAAAGUAUAUAGUGAAAAACAUAAACAUAUUUAAUGAUGAAACUAAAGUGAGGGCUCUGUAGUGUUUGAGCGUGUGUUGUGGAGAACUGAUGAACCCCAUCUUUUUGGAAUUCCACACACAGCUGGAAUACGAGCCGGUGUGUGAGUGUUGGGGUUCAGGGUGUGUGUUGUAGGAAAGAGGGCAUUCUGACCCUUCUACAGAAGCCCUCUCUGGGUAAUGAUGUCACAAUCCUGCCUCCACCAAUACCUUACUGGGGAUUAUGAUGUCACAAUAACGUCCCCAGCAAGACACCUGAUUGGCUUCUGUUUUGUGAGGUGGAUUUUUGGGUGGUACAUUAGGGGGGGUAGAUCAUCACUAUGCCCCCCCCCCCCGGAGGGUCGUUUUUGCGUACCGUGAGCCUGGUGUGUGCGGCUACGCUGUUGGUGUGUGUGUGCAGAAGCGUGACGUAUGGUAGUGAAAGUGAGGUCUUCCUCUUUGGGAGUGAAGGCCGAGUGCACGUAUGCCUUGAGUCACAGAGCAGCCCGUGUUCAGUUUCAACAAAGCACUUCUUUAUGCUACUCUCUGGUGCCCCUUGCUGGCCAGAGACCAUUACUACACUGAGACUUUACACGGGAGUGCGAGAGCAGCAAGACCAGACACAGAGUCUGCAUUGUGCCUUUGACCUUUAGGAGGCCAAAGGUCACCAUCGCAGCCCGCAGUUUGUGUAGUUGCAUUGACAGGGAGGGCGCCCUCUUGUGGUUUAUUUGUGAGAGAGGUUCUGUCCAGUUGGGGUUUUCUGUGUCUGUUAUUUUAUUCUUUAUUUGGGGGGUAAAAAUGUUCCUGAAACUAUGGUUGUAUGCAUCCCACUAGUUGGCUUGUGUGUGUGCACGUGUGUGUGUUUGUUCAUGCUACACAGUUCUUUGGGACUACAUUGACUUAUGUCAUUAGUGUAAGGUAGCGGGAGGUGCAGUACGUGUCUUCAGCCACUGCACUCGGGUGUCUCUGAUGUCCUUGCUGCUCCUCCGCCCUAUUGAGAGCAGUUUGCCUCUUGGAAUUACACUCUGCACUGCUGCAACAAGGCCUGUACACUGUGAUCGACAGCAGCAUCGCUCCACACCAGCCAAUCACAGCUCCCCUUUUAAGUGAGAAGAGGGGGCGGGAGCAAGAAAGAGGUGAAGAGGGGCAUGGAAAAAAAGCCUGUUCAGGUGCUAUAUUUUUAAAGAUGUAACCUGUAAAAUCAUGUUUGUGCACAUAUACAUGCAAAUAGUGUGUGUACACAUUCAAAUGGGGAUAUAUAUAUAUACAUAAAUAUAUUUUAAUGUGACCGUUAACUGUUUUUGCAUGUAGAUUUUGAUUUUUUUUCUUUUCUUUUUACGUUUCAUUUCUUUAGCUCAUUCUGGGACCACAAGCAGUACUGUACACCAUGCAGACAGCCUGACAGAACUCUUGAUAUUAUAUAUAUGAAAUUACUCAUUUUCCCUAUGGAGAAAGUUUGGUAUAUAUUGCCUGUGGAUCGUAGGCUGUAUUUAGAUCUGUUCAUCAUGUCAAAAAUGGAAAAAAAUGCACAGAAAAAUGGGAAUAAAUCAUAACAUUUACAGAAA